UCAUAAUCAAAUUCCUUUUUAUAAUUCUUGGGGGAUAGCCUAUGAAUCUAAUCGAUCUACGAUAAUUUGAAUUUGUAAUUGGAACAGGAAAUUUAGAAAUGGAUUCGAAGGCGGGAUCAGGCGAGGGAGGAACCGAGUCGGAACUUAGCCGUGACAACAGCUUUAACCGUAGCGGCAGUAAACAUAGGUAUAGACGCAGCAUGAGCUACGGCGAGGACGAGAAGGCGCUUUUGGUAUUUUCGGGGUGGGUGUACCAUGUAGGAGUCAACUCGAUCGGCCAUGAGUAUUGCCAUCAUCGAUUCCUCUAUAUAAGAGGAAAAUACGUUGAGAUGUAUAGAAGAGAUCCUCAAGAAAACCCCGGCUCUAAACCUAUUAGGAAGGGUAUCAUAGGACCCACACUAAUGGUGGAGGAGACAGGGGUUCGAAAAGUUGGCAAUGAGGAAUACUACACUAUACAGUUUUACAGUCGAUUGGAUGAGACCAAGAAAGGAGAAAUUGCUUGUACCACGGCUGAAGAAUCGAAAAAAUGGAUUGAGGCAUUUGACUAUGCCAAGAACCAGGCUGAAUAUGAGCUUUCAAGAGGAGGAGGUGCCAGAAACAAAUUAAGCAUGGAGGCGGACAUUGAUUUGGAAGGCCAUCGACCUCGAGUAAGGCGAUAUGCAUCUGGAUUAAAAAAGCUUAUAAGAAUUGGCCAAGGUGGUCCAGAUAUGCUUUCGCGGCAAGGCUCAAGCUUGGGUAAUAGUGGAUCAUUUGGGGACUUUGAAGGGGAGUUUGGAGAUGCAAUUGAAGCACAUGAAUGGAAAUGUGUUCGUACGAUCAAUGGUGUUAGAAUCCUUGAGGAUGUGUCUGAUUCAAAGAGUGGAAAAGCUUCUCUUGUAAAGGCUGUCGCUCUUGUAGAUGCAAGUGUAGAUACUGUUCUAGAAGUAAUCUUAAACACGGACCGCCAAAGGAGAUACGAGUGGGAUAUGCUGACAGGUGACUUGGAGCUAGUAGAUUCUUAUGAUGGAAAUUAUGAUGUUGUCUAUGGAACAUAUGAUCCUAAAUAUCUUACUCGAUGGCAAUCCAAGAAAGAUUUUGUCUUCUCUAGGCAAUGGUUUCAAGGGCAGGAUGGAGCAUAUACAAUUUUGCAGUUUCCUGCUGUACAUAAGAAGCGUCCUCCAAGAAAUGGAUACCAACGUACAACAAUUAAACCAUCUACUUGGGAGGUUAGAAGUUUAAAUGGACCCGACGGUUCAAACACUGAAAAAUGCCUUGUAACACAUAUGUUGGAGAUUCAUAAUGCUGGAUGGGGUAAAUGGAAGAAAAAUAACUACUCAAAGUUUGAAAAGACCAUUCCGUAUGCAUUAUUAUCCCAAGUGGCAGGUUUAAAGGAAUAUAUCGGUGCAAAUCCAUCACUCAAAUGUGAAUCUUCCUCCAUGGGUGGGCAUUCAAAACAUCCUGAUGGCGAGCUGCCAGAUGAAUUCUAUGAUGCAAUUUCCGGUGCCUCAUCUUCAACCACAGAAGACGAAGAGAGUGAUGAUGAACCAGAAAAGGAGGAAAAGCCAGUUAAGGAGAAGCAUGCAUCUUCGGCCCUCUCAAGCUCAUCUUUGAAGCAAACUUUAGAUGCAACUCAAGAUGCAAAUAAGGAACUAGAUCCCAGCGUACCCCCUAUCCAUGUUGAUGCAAGUCAAUUCAAUGGUUCCCUCCACAAGGGAAAGGAUGAUGCUGAUACAAAUUGUUGGACUUCUCCUGGUGGCGCGGGGUUUAUGAUUAGAGGAAAGACUUACUUAAAAAAUAGUGCCAAGAUAACUGGUGGAGAACCCCUUCUCAAACUCAUAGCUGUUGACUGGUUCAAAGUCGAUAAAGCCACAGAUAAAAUUGCACUGCAUCCAAAGUCUCAAGUUCAGUCUGAUGCCGGGAAAAAACUUCCGUUUGUCCUUGUGAUUAAUCUCGAGAUUCCUGCAAAACCGAACUAUAGUUUGGUCCUCUACUAUGCUGCUGACAGGCCUGUGAAUAAAGAUUCUUUGCUGGAAAAGUUUGUGGAAGGAACAGAUGCAUUUCGUGAUGCAAGAUUUAAACUGAUACCAAGCAUUGUUGAGGGGUAUUGGAUGGUCAAGCGUGCUGUUGGAACAAAAGCUUGCCUACUUGGGAAAGCUGUUGCUUGCAAAUAUUUCAGGCAAGACAAUUUUUUGCAGAUUGACGUGGACAUCGGGUCAUCAUCAGUAGCAAGAAGUGUUAUUGGCCUUGUCCUUGGAUAUGUCACUAGUUUAGUAGUAGAUCUUGCAAUUCUAAUGGAGGCAAACGUGGAGGAAGAAUUGCCCGAGUACAUACUAGGCAGUGUUCGACUGAAUCGUGUGAGGCUUGAAUCUGCCAUUCCACUGGAUGGGUGAGGAUUUCCACUUCUACUCUGCCUGCCUUUAAGCAUCUUGUGCUCCAAGGUUGCUACAACUAUGAGUAACCUCGAGUUUUAAGCAUUUCAUGUGGUGCAGUACAAGACUUAUUCGAUGAGUUGGCUUCCAAAAAAUUUGGUGACAUUUUCUAUCCCAAAUUCUGUAUCUUUUAAGUAUGUAGUCUUGCUUGUUUCGAGAAGACCAGCAUUUGGUAAAAUCAGUGGCUAAAGAAGCCACCUGUAUUUACGUUUGAACAAUAUCAUUUUUUUUCCUUCGAAAGCUUGAACAAUAUUAUAUUAUUUUGUACAAAAAAAAAAUCCCACAUA